AUGAGUUCUGUGAAGCUGCCUUACUGUGGUGCUUCUCCUGGAUUGGUGCCUGAUAAGGACGCAGAUGCGCCAGCUCAUGCAAGCAAAGACCUGGAAGAGCAGUUGCGGUCUGUGUCCAGUGUGGAUGAACUCAUGACAGUACUUUACCCAGAAUACUGGAAAAUGUUCAAAUGUCAAUUGAGGAAAGGAGGUUGGCAACACAACAGGGAACACUCCAGCUUUGACACAAGAUCAGAUGAUUCACUGAAAUUUGCCGCAGCACACUAUAAUGCAGAGAUCCUGAAAAGUAUUGAUACUGAAUGGAGAAAAACUCAGUGCAUGCCACGUGAAGUAUGUGUGGAUGUGGGAAAAGAGUUUGGAGCAACUACAAACACCUUCUUUAAACCCCCAUGUGUAUCCAUCUACAGAUGUGGAGGUUGCUGCAAUAGCGAAGGACUCCAGUGUAUGAAUAUCAGCACAAAUUACAUCAGCAAGACAUUGUUUGAGAUCACAGUGCCUCUCUCUCAUGGCCCCAAACCUGUAACCGUCAGUUUUGCCAAUCACACGUCCUGCCGAUGCAUGUCGAAGUUGGAUGUUUACAGACAAGUUCAUUCUAUCAUAAGACGUUCCUUGCCAGCAGCACAAACUCAGUGUCAUGUGGCAAACAAGACCUGUCCAAAAAAUCAUACCUGGAAUAAUCAAAUUUGCAGAUGUUUGGCACAGCAUGAUUUUGGUUUCUCUUCUAACCUUGGAGAUUCUGACACAUCUGAAGGCUUCCAUAUUUGUGGACCAAACAAGGAGCUGGAUGAAGAAACCUGUCAAUGUGUCUGCAAAGGAGGUGUGCGGCCCUCAAGCUGUGGACCUCACAAAGAAUUAGACAGAUCAUCGUGUCAAUGCAUGUGCAAAAACAAACUUCUGCCUGCUUCCUGUGGGCCUAACAAGGAAUUUGAUGAAGAUAAGUGCCAGUGUGUAUGUAAAAAGACCUGUCCUAAACAUCAGCCACUAAAUCCUGCAAAAUGCAUCUGUGAAUGUAUAGAAUCUCCCAAUAAAUGCUUCUUAAAAGGAAAAAGGUUCCAUCACCAGACAUGCAGUUGUUACAGACCGCCGUGUACAGUCCGAACGAAACGCUGUGAUGCUGGAUUUUAUUUUAGUGAAGAAGUGUGCCGCUGUGUACCCACAUAUUGGAAAAGACCACUUAUGAAUUAGUGAAGAGAGCACUACUUGCUAUUUUGGUGUACAUUUUUCCAUUACAACAAAAGAACAACAGAAACUUUGCUAAUAUUUGGAAUUAAAUGUUCACCAGAGACCCUGUGGGGCUUUCAGAGACAGACACAUUGUGCUUUUCUCAAGAUGUGGAAAGCAAAUGUAGAAAAUAACUGAGGUUCAUGUUUUGUAAAGAACUCAGUAAGGACUUAUUUUCUGCCAAUGACCAAACAGCCUAGGUUCUCCUUCUUGUGAUUUUUUUUUUUUUUUAAAAGAGAUAAUGACUAUAUAAUUUAUUUCCACUAAAACCAUUGUGCAGCAUUUCUGUUUAUAGCAGUAACAAUUGUUAAAGCUCACUGUGAUCAAUAUUUUUAUAUCAUGCAAAGUAUGUUUAAAAUAAAAUGGAAAUUGUAUUAUAUAAUGGUGAGAA